UGUGGAGAGACGGUGUCCGCCGCUAUUGUCCUCGGUGCUGUCACACAUAGCGGGAGGAGGACUGCCCUGCACCGGGGAUGCACCGCUGCCUGUGCCGUAGAGCCGGAGCACACUGUGGCUGAGAGAUCCCAGUGCUGGGAAGUUGAGCGCACCCUGGGGAAUCAGAGGAGCUUUCUGGCCAUGGAUGUCCUGCCUCACCCGGCGCCCCCACACCCGUCCGGGUGAUACCGUUUCAGGCAUCCUGUGUUCACCCAGCUCCCGGCACAUCUCUCCUGCCUCCGAAGAGGCUUCCAGGCAGAGAUGACAGCCACAGCUGCCCAUAAGUGCCUGAAGAAUGACAAGGUGGACGAAGCGCAAGCUUUGGCCAGGAGCUGUGCAGGAAGACCGGAUUUCAAGCCCUGUGAUGGACUGUCCAUCUGUGCCACCCACAGUCAUGGCAAGUGCUUCAGACUCCAUUGGUGCUGUCACUUGGGCUGGUGCCACUGCAAAUAUGUAUACCAACCAAUGACUCCUGUGGAGCAGCUUCCAAGCACAGAAAUCCCAGUGGAACCACAGGAACAAACCAACACUAUUCAGAUUUCUGUCUCGCUGGCCGAGCAGUUUCUCAAAGUGGCUUCUUCCUUCCAGCCUCCAUUCAUACCGGAAUCUCCACGCUACUGUACCAUCUCGGACCUCUUCCUUGAUAAUUAUCAGGUCAAAUGUAUUAAUGGGAAGAUGUGUUAUGUCCAACGACAACCGCCACCACCACCACCUCCUGCACCGUCCUGUAUCAGAUCACGGCCUGAGAGAGAGUUCCUUCAGGAGAUGUAUCCACCCAAAGACACCGAGGGACCAAAAAUAGAUCAUUGCUCUUCACCUUCCAAUUCUGAGGACUCUGGGAUCAAUGCAGUGGGAGUUCCAUACUUGGAAUCAUGUGAUGAGGAUACAGAGGAAGGAGCAGAACUUAGUUCAGAAGAAGAUUGCAGUCCAGAUGGUUGCUGGGGACAGGAGCCUUCACCUUUGGUAUCACCUUCCAAGACUGAUCUUGAGAUCAUAGAAACUAUAGAGACUACAGUCUGAGUUAUACAGAAGGGUAUAUGACAUCUAGUGGAUUUAGCACAUGUUUGCAGUAACCAACUGCUAAGAGACGGAGCAAUACAAUCAUAUUGCACACAUACCUACAAAUAUCAUCAAGUCACCAAGAAUGUGUGUUCAGUUUAUGGGUCAACCCUUUAUGACUUGCAUCCAGGAUGAAAUGAAGCACAUGGAGAGAGGCACUGAGAAGCCUCCAGAUCGACAUCCAUGCAUAAGAACAUGUUUUAUAUUCAUUAAGGCAUAUUCAUUGGUGGUGUUAUCCAGUUGUAUAAGUGAGUUACGGCUGAUUUAUUUGCACAAUUUUAACACAUUUCCUUUUUUAUCAUGAGAUCGUCUGUUACAAUCUUGAUAACUAGGGUUGUCUGUGAUUAAUUUCUUUUAACAGGUUAAGGAAGUAGUCACAGGAUAUAACCUGCAGUGCCGGUCACAACAUGGGGCCUUUAUCUUGGGUAUGCUGCAAUGAAUAUAAAACGAUUCUGUAUACCAGUGUUAUAUUCAGAUGUAUUUGUAAGGGAAAUUUCACUGUUAAUAGAUGACGUCUCACAUUCCUUAAGUAUUAAUUGGCUAUAGUGAGCAACUAUAUAGUUCAGUAAUUUUAUCCUGAGACUAAAGGACCUUUUACACAGGACCAAUCAUCAGUCAGCUGAUAAUUGGCUCGCCUAAUCACCCGAGCUCAUGUUUUGGCUGAUCACAUCUUUUAACUUAAAACUGUUUUGAAGAGUUUAAUACUGAUGAACUAUUCUCUGGAUAAAUCAUCAAUAUCUGAUUGGUGGGGGUCUGACACCCAGGACCCCCGCUGUUUGAGAAGGCACUGGCGCUCCUGUGGCCUUCUCGUUGCUUACCAAGCACAGCGCCCUACCUUGUAUAGAGCUGUGCUUGAUACCGCUAGGAUAGGUCAUCAGUAUUAAUGUCUUGGAAAACCUUUGACAGUACGAAGAAUGCAUGGAGAAUGAACAUGAAUGAUCAUUCAUCCCUUGCUCAGGUGAAAGACCAUUAAACAAUCGCAUUGAUCAGUGUGGUAUAUUGUUGAUCAACUCUCAUUUUAGACAGAAAUUGGCCUGUGUAAAAGUAUCCCUAGAAGGAGCUGCCUUGUACAUACUUGUCACUAGCUGUUCACUUGGACCAUCAUUAAUUCACAAGUGUUGUACCAAAAAGUGUAAGAGGACCAAUGCCCUAGUGCUUUCCCUGUAUAUUAGAUGGUAAGAAUCCUGUGCUUACAUGAUGUAUCUGUAUGUCCCCAAGUACACAUUUAUCUAGCCUACCCAAUCUUAUCCGGUAUUCAUAGUAUGUGAUUGUUCACUGAAAAAAAUAAACCUAUGACCCUUAGGGUCUAUAUUUCAAGGAUCCGACCAAAAGCUUUGAAACCCUGGCAAUCUCAAACAUGCUCCAAACAACUGUACACUACCUAAUUUUCAGAACUGGAGCAACUACUUAGGUUUCGUCCAUAGCACUCUAAACAAAUGGAAGCCAAAAGAUAAAAUUGAUUAUCUUCUCACCUACAUAAAUGUGAUGUUUGAUGGUCCUGUUAUUGUAAUAAGUUAUCAGUAAGACAGGGCAAAUGCUUCAUAAGUCCUCACCACGAUUCAUCAUUCCCCUGCUUCUUUCCUUUGGUGUUAAAAAGUCGCAAACCCCUGGUUUUGUGACGUUUUAAAUGAAAUUGCGAACUUUUUAGCCACAACUGGCAUUUUUACACUCCCUUGCCAGUUUCCAAAAAGAUGCGUGGCGAGGGCAAGCUGCAGUCUGGGCCAUCGCCCCCAGCACAUUCAUCAUUAUCUAUGCCAGAAACAUGAAUAAUAACCGAAAUCUACAGCAGCUACAGGCUGCCGUAGAUUUUAGUCUGGCGCAUUGACUACCGGAGGAGGCAUUUAAUUUAUGAAGAGUUCUGCGCCUUGUCGUAAAUGCCUGCUCCAGAAGCACAGGGACCAUCAAGGCCUGCCGGUCUUGAUAAAUCAGGUCCUAAAUGUUAUAUUUUAUUAUCACAAGCCUGUGACGACUAAAAGCGUUUGACCUUACCGUAAUAUACAACUAAAGCUUAGAAACCAAUUUAUGACUGGCAGCGCCAAUGGGUUUCUCAUCUGGAAAGUUAUUGAACCGUUAAGCUUUUAAAUCGAUAUAUUGACUGUUUAAAUUAGCUUUUAGCCUGUUAUAGAAGGAACGUAACUGGCUUUAUUUAUUCUAGUUACGCAGCUUCGAUAACCCACUUGAAGCUGAAUUGUUUCACCUCUCAAUCCUGUACAGAUAAGUAGACCUGACACCUUCUCGGUACGCAGAAGGCAACUCUCGCUUCUGUCUCCUUCACUGGGCAAUUACUGCAUGGAUGAGAGUCAAUUAUGAUGCAAUUAGGUUAUAGUGACCUUUAAGAGCAGCACAUCUUCAAAGGGAAAUAGCAAACCAUAGGUGGCCAAAUUGUAAUUGAGUCUGGAGCGGACAGAAUAAAACCUUUCGAAUGAGUUGUAGGAGCUGUGGUUGGCUUCAUGUGUUCUUCAUUUAUUGCAAAUUAUAGUGCAGGAUUCCUGCAGUGAAAGUAUUAAUAUUUAACCGUAUUAGUAAGCUUAGAUAACAUGUUUGUUUUUGAGUGUAGGCGAAACCGCUCUGGGCGCCAUUUGUCCAGCAUCGAUUGGGAUUUUCUGAAGACUGGAGGUAAUCGCUUCUAGUAAAGGUAGAUUUAUUGCGUGCAUAUGUUAGAAACGUCUUGUUAAUUGGAGCCUGGCACACAUCGCUAUGGUCAGUACAGUAUUUUCCAGUUCCUUGGAAGACAGCAAAAGCUGUCUAUUUUACAAUAGGGAUGUUGUAGUGGCUCCUUAAGAGGAAAACCUUUUUUUUUUUCCUUAGGGGUUCUCCAAUUAUAAAGAUUUUGUAAGCAUUGACUUGAAAUAUGGUGUUUUCAAGUGGUAGGAUUAUUAUUUUAGGCUACUCUUAUAGUAGCCUUCUCCUGAGGUCUUUAGUAAAAAACAAUAUGUAUUAAAGGUACAUGACGACCUCUUUCAGGGCUAGAACCAUCCCUGUAACUCGCAUACAUCGUGAGAUCUCCCCAUUCAUUGCUCCAUUUUCUCUGCUACAUUUACUUCAAGCAGCUCCGAGUGCAUGCCCUUUCUCAGGAGGCAUGUCCUUUCUUCUGCAGCUGGUGGCAGUUGAAGGAUGGAACUGAGCAUGUGCUUCCUUCUCAGUGAGCAGGACAGAGAAAUUAGAAAAAGAGCAAACAGAAGGUGGCGCUAUACAGAUAGAUUUCAUUGAAUAAAAUAACUCAGUAAUAAAUUUUUAAUUACGUGCAAUUACAAACGUAUUUAGAUCCAGGUGCUGGUUUGAAAACUGUAGAAUAUUUUUCGUGGGACAACCCCUUUAAGGAUUGUUCAUAUAUGUAAGAGCAGUUUCAGAUACUUUACGGUCUGUGAAACGUUUAUAGGGCUGGAUUAACUACAUUAUUCCUAUAUUUGCUCAGUAUACUUAGUUUAAGGCAUUUAUUAUAAUGUAUUUAGUCCCAUACCAGGUCCUAGAAAAGCAGAAUAAGUAGCUAAAAAAGAAGUUUAUGAAAAAAAAAAUUGCAUUCUCAUGGUAUCGUACAAUAGAGUUAAAGUGGAUCAUAAUGGGUUAUACCGGCAUGAGAGGAAGCAAGUUUUAAUUAAAGAGAACCUUUCAUCAGUUUGUACUUUUUUUUUAAAUCCAUACCUCACGUUGUAGUCAAAGAUUACAUAGUUACAUAGUUAAUACUAUUGAAAAAAGACAAAAGUCCAUCAAGUUCAACCAAGCGAAAGGAGGGGACACGAAUAUUAGAUAAGGGAAUGAGACUCAAAUUACUACACAUUUUCAUAAGCAUUAAUGUCAUUUACUUUAUGAAUUUAUCUCGGCCUUUUUUUAAACGACCCGCUGUUCCUGCUGUGACCACGUCCUGAGGUAGACUGUUCCACAGAUUCACAGUGAUGAAGCCAUGACUCCUCUGUCGACUGAACUUUUUCUUUCUCCAGUCGGAUGCAGCGCACUUUAGUUUUUUGAGGAGAUUUUACAUGGAACAACUUUUCAGCAUAUUUUUUCUACGGGCCAUUUAUAUAUUUGUAUAGGUUAAUCAUGUACCCUCUUAGGCCCCUUGCAGACGAGCGUUUGUCACGCUGCGAGUCCACGGCACAGCUCCUAGCCUGACCUCCCAGCACUGACGAUAAGCCCCCUGAGAAACACGGCCGUCUACUUCUUCCUGUACCGAUGCUAUUGAUUAGCAUACAGGGCACCAAAACAGAACGGAGGGCACAGCGGGGGAAUAGAGUAGCGUAUCAGUAAAAAAAAAAAAAUGGCGAGAUGACAUCUCCUAAUCUUGGACUACAAUAUGAGGUAUUGAUUUUAGAAAGUACUAACUGAUAAAAGGUCACCUUUAAGCUCUUAAUAUUGUUAAAGCCAUCUACCACAGACUUGUACGAGGAGACAAGGUAGCCAAUGUGCCUAAAAAUUUGCUACUAACAUUUUGGGUUAUUUUCUUUUGGUGUCUAAUGCCUGACCUUUAAAAUAAGUCAGAUGUCUCCUGGAUUGUUCUAGCUGCUGCAUACCAAAUGACAAUGGAGGGUCAUUUAUUAAGGGUCCUGUGCUAGUUUUCCGCAUUCAAAAGUCACAUAGGCCCGUUAUGUCACUUUUUAAAUGCCCAAGUGACAAAAUUUACAUUGUUCUCCGCAAUGGGGAGUUUUGGGGGCAGUAUGGGGAUUGGCCUGAUGGAGCCAGCUGGAGUAGAUUUCAAUCUAAGCUCAUCGACUGGCAGAGAAUGCACCUAAUUUAUUAUGAGGAGUGCACUUUGUUAUAAUCCGGCAGAAGAAGAAAGAAGAAGAAAAUACCUUCCCUCAGUGGGGACAUUUUGGUAUAACGGCAGCAAUCACAUUCACAACAGGAGCAAAAAUAAGAGUACUUAGAAAUUAAAGAGUAAAAAUACAAGAAAAACCUAACAUUUUAACAAAAUUUACUUUAAGAAUUCACUACUGGGUUUUUUAGAACAGUGGUGGUUAUAAAUCCUAACCACUGCUGGGAGGAAGGAUCUACGAUAACGUUCCUUCGAGCACCUAGGAUGCAGCAGUCUGUAACUGAAGGAGCUCUCCAGAUCCACAACCGCUUCAUGCAUGGGGUGGGAGACAUAGUCUAACGGCGAUGUUAAUUUUGCUAGAAUUCUUCUGUCACCCACCUCCUGCACUGGAUCAAGGGGACAACCUAGGACAGAGCUGGCCUUCUUAAUGAGCUUAUCUAAUCUCUGUGUCUCAGCCACAGAUAAGCUGCACCCCCACAAACCACACAACAGAAUAUGGAUGAUGCCACCACUGAGUCAAAGAAGGUCUUUAGGAGCGUCCCCUGCACUCCAAAAGACCUCAGUCUCCUCAACAGAUAGAGCAUCAGUGUUAUGGCUUCAGUCCAGUUUGUUGUUCAGGUGAACACCCAGGUACUUAUAAGAGUCCACCAUCUCAAUGUCUGUUCCCUGUAUGUUCACUGGAACCAAAGCAGAGGGCCUGUGUCUGCGGAAAUCCACCACCAGCUCCUUGGUUUUGCCCGCGUUGAUCUGAAACUGGUUCCGCUGACACCAGUCCACAAAAUCCUGUGUCCCCUGUCUGUACUCUGAGUCGUCCUCACCUGCGAUAAGUCUGACUAUGGCAGAAUCAUCAGAGAACUUCUGUAGGUGGCAGUCUGGGGAGUUGAUGGAGACGUCUGCAGUGUAGAGGGUGAAGAGGAACGGUGCCAGCACAGUUCCCUGUGGUGCCUCCGUACUGCAGAACUGCUUGUCUUAGACACAGCCCUGAGAUUUAACAAACUGUGGGCGUUCUGUGAGGUAGUCAAGUAUCCAAUGUGACAUGUGGUAGUCCACUCCUGCCAUCUACAGCUUGUCCCUCAGAAGUCCAGGUUGGCUUGUGUUAAAAGCAUUGGAGAAAUAAAAAAAACAUGAUCCUCACAGUGCUUCCAGGCCUCUCCAGGUGAGUUAGAGCUCGGUGUAGUAGGUAGGUGAUGUCAUCAUCCACCCCGAUGCCAGGCUGGUAGGCAAACUGCAGCGGAUCCAAUGAAGACCUCGCCAGAGGGUGAAGAUGGUUGAGAACCAGCCUCUCAAGGGUCUUCAUCAAGCGUGAGGUCAGUGCUACGGGCCUGAAGCUGCUGAGGUCUUUCAGGUGUGAGGUCUUUGGCACUGGUACCACACAAGAGGUCUUCCACAGCUGUGGUACCUUCCCCAGCCUCAGGCUCAUUUUGAACAUGUGACCCAUAAUGCCACACAGUUGGUCUGAGCAGCACUUCAGGAGCCUGGAGCUGAUGCCGUCUGGUCCGGCAGCUUUACGCACCUUGAUUUUCUGUAGUUCCUUCAUCACCUGAAGUGUGGAGAAGGACAGGGUGGGCUUGUGGGGUGAACAAUGGAGUCCUCUCGUGUAGCGGUGGAGAGUGGUGGUAGGUUGCUGAGAGGUGAACAGGCAGUGAUGGUAGUGGGGGGGGGGAGUGUUUGUAGCAGCAUGGGGGAUUGGGUCAGGGGAGGGUGGGUAUCUGGUCAAACCUAUUGAAGAACUGCUUUAACUCAUUAACCCACCCAAGUCACCUGCAGUCUGGAUUUGACCCGGUUUGUGACCUGAGAUGGUUUUCAGGCUUUUCCAGACCCUGCACGUGUUAUUCUGCUGCAACUACUGGUGUAGGAUGCCAACCUUUGUUUUUUAUAGGCUUUUCUGAUCUGAGAAUUGGAGUCCUUCUAGGGCUUUUUGCAAAACCUAAUUAGAUCAGUCCACUCUUCUCUCACCCAAAUGUAUUCCACUGCUAAUGUUCAUUUUUAUUCCAUAAAAGCAAUGCAUUUGUAACUGAUGGUAAAUGUACCUUUUUUUUUCUUUUCUUUUUUAGGUUUAUUUACUGUUAUUUAGUUACACAGAAUGUGAAGUUAGUGCUGACUGUCUAUGGGUAACCCCUUAGGCUGCUUUCACACUAGCGUUCGGGUGUCCGCUCGUGAGCUCCGUUUGAAGGGGCUCACGAGCGGACCCGAACGCAGCCGUCCAGCCCUGA